AUGGCGCGCCGUGGCAUCGCCAACUACGAACCCGCGCAGCCGAAUGAGUUCAACAUCUUCUGGCAGGAGAUCCUGAUUAAACAAGCCUACGAUCUUCCGCCCAAGAGCCAGGGCCAUUUCCGCGAAGUGACCACCACCAAUCGGGAGCUGCUGAAGCACCCCCGCGACUUUGCCUUGGCGGCCAAGAGCCGCGAGCUCCGUGCGGCGCUGGCGGAGCCCAGCGGAUGCUUCGGCCUCGCAGGGCGCAGCUCGUGGCAUUACAACGUGCAUCGACCGCUGGGGAGGAAGGCGAUGGAGCUGGGGCCGAGAAUGGCCGAGAAUAUCUGUGGAACUGGAAUUAAGAAAUCAUGA